AAUUAAUCUGCAGCUGCACGCGGCAAAAUUGCUGCUGAACUGCGAUAACGGGUCACUCUUUGUGUGGAGGGACGGGAUCCUGCUGGAUGUUUUCACGGAGUAAAAAGCAACAGUUGCCCUCAUAUAUUGAAGGAACACAAGGACAGUAUGUGAAAAGAGACAGUCCUCCUUUAGUGCCGUCCCUGUCAUCCCACACACAUACGUUGGCGAAGAAAACGACAGCCCCUGCGGUGGAUCGUACUGUUUCUAACAACAGUGUGACAUGUACGCCAAAAACAUCUGUGACUGUCCCACAGCAGCUGCACGCUGAGUCUACUGCAUACAAGAAUGAAUCGGUGGGGCUGUACGCAGAAAGUUCGGCGAUGCGACCGCAUUCGGAAUCAGUUGUUAGUGUAGCUUCUACGUACUCUUUACCACCAUCUCACAGCCAUCUUAUGGUGAACCAUAUCGAUGCUGCAGAUGAACGUAAGAGUCCGAUUGGAAAUCUGUCAUCUCAGAGUUUUAGCGAUCCAAGCAAGCGAGAACACCUAAAGAAACCGCUGACAUCAUCUCACAGCAUCGGGAACGUAGAAUCGUUCAUAGACCUGGGCGCAGAACACGUCUCUCCAGCACAGCAGCGAUUCGUCUCCUUGCAAAGUCUGCCAGGUCAAGGCCGACAGUUUGGCUCUUCGAUUAUAGGGGAUAACUGUUUGGUAUCUGGUGCUCCACAACAAGAUGAGCUAGAAUUACCCUUACCACCUAAUUGGGCUAUAGAAGUGACACCCGAUGGUUAUAGAUACUAUGUCGAUCAUAACACCUGUCGGACGCACUGGAUCCAUCCUCUAGCCCGUGAAAACUUACCACCAGGAUGGAAUAAGAUUUUCCAACCCAGCACGGGUGUCAUUUAUUACAAUGAAAUGGAUGGACGAUCUCAGGUCGAGCAUCCAGGUUUGGCACAGCCACUAAAUCAACCUAUAAAUCAGCCUAUUGUCCCAAUAAACAGGACAGAAUCUAUGAUGGUAGCUAGUCGACGCACGGAAAGUGCUGUGGAACAUCUGAAUAUAAUACAUCACGAAGAAGUACCCGAAUGGUUGCUGAUGUAUUCGCAAGCUGAUACAUCGCUGGAUCAUCUGCUGGAGUGGGAUUUAUUCAACACAAUGCAGCUGGAACAUUAUGAAGAGAUGAUGUUGAAGUUAUACAAACAAGAAGUCAUUGAUACAGUGCGGAGAUACGAAAGGAUGCGUACAGUGUUGAAUAAAGAAAUUGUACGUAGAACGCAACCGCAUCCAAGAAACGAAGGACAGUUCGCCAAUUCAUCUUGAAUAGCUUGACCUGACUUAUCGAGUGUUGCAAUAACUAGAUCUGCUUAUUUGGCUCAGCAUGUAUACUAGCAGCUUUAGGCCCCGGACAGACUUCACGCGAUUUGAUCGUCGCGACUCAAUCGCCGACAGACAUUUCCAUUCAUUUUCAUUUCACAUUCAAAAACUUCGGGCUGGAAAAGUAUCACAACCGAAAUGCAAGUUGAUCGGCAUGGAAUGAUGUUGUAACAGUUGUCUCGUCGCGAUUCAGUCGCGACGAUCAAAUCGCGUGAAGUCUGCCCGAGGCCUUAGACCAAGUUUCAGAUCGAAACUCUUUUUCAGAAAUGUUAUUUUAGUGCUGUAGAGAACUCCAUUAUUUGUCUGGUGGAAUAGUAACGCUUUCUGUGAUCUAUUUUGCUUUGUAUAUAAGAAGCAUAGUGUCCUACAUCUAAAUGUUCUUAAAAAUUGCUCUAAUAUCGUGGUGCCUGAAAAAUGUACAUAUAUGUGUUGCCAAUUUGCUCAUUGAGACAGAAAAAUGUGCUAUAGUUCUUGCCAAAGAAUGUGAUUUACAAAGUGUCUUACAUGUGUGUUUUUCUUUGUUUCGCUGCUUAUUUCUACUUUACGUUCGUCAUGUAUCUCAUGUAGAAAUUUCCAUAUCUGACCGAUUGAUAUCAAUAAAAAUCCAAAAUUA